AUGAGACUAAUGAGUUUAAAAAAAAAAUUAUGGCGUUUUAAAGAGUAUGAAAAAAAGUUUGCUUUGAGUUUAUAUUAUAACUCUCCUAAAGGAUAUACAAUCAUGAGAAAGUUUCUGUGUUUACCUACAGUAAGAUCACUUAGGCGAUGGCUCCAAAAUUUAAAUGUAGCUUGUGGCAUAAAUGAUAAUAUUUUAGCAGUGCUUAAAUGUAAAUUAUCAUCUUCACCACUAUCAGAUAGAGCUGUGUCAAUAGUUUUUGAUGAAAUGUCAAUAAAAAAAUUUAUAUCUUACAAUUCCCAAAAUGACAUGUUUUCGGGUUAUGAAGAUUUUGGAGAUUUGAUUGAUUCAAAAAAUAUUUUACACUGUAAUCAAGCUUUAGUCAUAAUGCUAAAAGGUAUAAAACAUUCACGGAAACAAGUAAUUGGUUACUUUUUUUCAAGUGGACAUAUAUCAGGAGUAAAACUUAAAACUAUUAUAUCAAGUACUAUUCAAAAAAUAUCUUCAAUAAAUCUUAUUCCAAAAGUCAUUAUUUGCGACCAAGGAACAAAUAACCAACAAUUAAGAAAACUAUUCGGUGUGACAAUAAAUGAACCAUGGAUAACUUAUGAAAAUAAUAAAAUAUUCUUUAUGUACGAUACACCUCACCUUUUAAAAUCGGUUAGAAAUAAUUUUAAAAAGUAUGAUUUUAAACAUCAAAACGAAAUAUACUCAUGGACAGAUAUUGUAGCUUUUUAUAAUCUUGAUAAAGACAAAGUGCCAAGACUAGCCCCAAAGCUUAAAGAAAUACACAUAAAGUUCCCGCCAUUUUCACCAAUGCGUGUAUGUUUGGCAGCACAGACUUUUAGUCACACUGUAAGUUCUGCAAUCUUAACACUUGUAUCAAAUAAUCAACUUUGUUCAAAAGCAGUCUAUACUGCAAAAUGUAUCAAGCUUUUAGAUGAUUUAUUUGAUGUGUUCAACAGCGCCUCAUUUGACGAAUGCAAAAAAUUUCGCAAACCAUUAUCUGAAAAUACAAUCCAUUGGAAAUUAUUAAAUGAAGCACUACAGUUUUUUAACUAA